AUGUUGUUUUUUCUGAAACUUAGAAAAUUCAUAGGUUCAUCUGUUAUCGAUCAAGACUCCAAAAGACCAUCAGGAAAAGAGAAGAUCAUGUCAAAUAGUCGAUUAGCACUUGUUAUCAUCAAUCACGCCUUUGACAAGGUCGUAUCUUUGACAUGGCAUUGCGGGAUUUUAUCAGAAAUAAGAUCAGGACUGAUGUUGAUGUUCAGUAUUUUCCAGUUGAUGUGCUCCUUGGGUGUGAUCAUAUUACUGUUGCCUAUCAUCAUACUGGACGCGAUUGACCUGUUCCUUUAUAUAUGCCGGCUGCUUGAUUACGGUUGUAAGCUGGUUCACUAUAAGAGAUCAUCAUUACCAAUGUCGGCUCAGAAGGAGGAGCCCGUUUUGGGCGCGGACACAAGCAUGAGAGAGGAAAUCAUUAUUGAUGAAGAAAUAAUAAACAUGCUGAAUGAUUCUUCAGAAUCGUUGGUUAAUCAUAUGUCAGCUGGUUUGAAGUAUGAUACUCACUCAAGAAGUGCCAACAAAGGUGGGCGUUUGGGUUCAUCUAGUACAGUUACCUUCGUAGACCGAAGAAAUGGUAUCGGUAAGGGAGAGGGAGAUGCUUACUACGAGGAGGAGGACGAUGAUUUCUUAUCGAAUCCCAACUACGAUAAGAUAUCACUGAUCGAGAGAUCAUUUACGAAUCGUUUUGAGGUGGCUUGUGAGCAGAAAGCUGCUUGA